UAAAUAUUAAUUAGUUUUAUACACAUCACUGAUACGAGUGCAAGAGCACAGUGUUCCUAUUUUCAUUUUUAAUACAACAUUGAUUCUAUAAAUCAAUUUAGUUGUAUGUAUAAAAAUGAUUAUUUUAAUUAAUUUCCUAUUAUUCACGAUAACUAAAUGUUUUAGUUCUUAUGUUAUAAUUAGCAGUAAAUUAAAUAAUACUACAUUCAAGUACUGGGAUGGUAUUAAUGGAGAGAGUGAUUUGCAUGAAUGUGUAAUAAAUGCAGUAUGUAGCGUAACUCAUAACCGAUUUUGGGUAUCUAGUUUAACAGAAAGACUUUGUCGUUGUUCUAAUGGAAAAGAAUGUCCUUGGCAAUGGACAAAAGAACUUGGAAAUUCGUCUAUUUCGCUUAACAACAAAUCGCACAUGAAGUUUUGUGCUCCAAUAACAGAACUGAGCACAUGUAAAUAUAAUCAAGAAGGAAUAGAAAUUCAUGGUAAAAGUGAUAGAAAUAAUUCUUAUCUAAUACCAUAUAAUGUAAUUUUAAACUGUAAUUGCCCAGGAUUACAUUACUGGAGACUUAAAAAAUAUACAUAUCUAGAAAAUGAUUUUAUUAUACAAACAUUUAAAUGUGUAAAGAGAAGAAUGUGCAACACUUAUGAAUUUUGUGGACACAUACGGUCUGAUCUAUACUCAACAUACUAUAGAUGCACUUGUCCAGAAAAUCAUUUAUGCAUUUUCCAAGAUAGAAACAAAGAGAAUGUUCAAGAACUAUUAUAUUCUGGUUCUGCUUAUAAAGGUUACUGUCUACCAUUUAACAAUGCAUAAUGUUCACUUCACAAGUUAUAAUUUUAAUUUAAUGGACAUAACAUCUAUGUAUCUAAAUAAUAACAAUAUUAUAAAAAAAAACUUAUAUAAAAUACAUACCU